AAACUCAACCGAAAAUGCACCAUCACAGAAGCAAUUAACACAUAUAUUCCUCUCUCAUUCUCACGCAAAACACAUAACCCUUUUUCAUCGUAAUUGAGGUGAAAAUGAAGACAGCACACAUUGCUUUGUGCACUUUGGUGGUGCUGUUUGUGGCUGAAGUUCAAGUGUCAAUGGCAGUAACAUGCAGCCCAGUACAACUGAGUUCAUGUGUGAGUGCAAUAACCUCUUCAACUCCUCCAUCAGACCUAUGCUGCUCCAAGAUCAAGGAGCAGAAACCAUGCCUUUGCCAAUACCUCAAGAACCCUAAUCUGAAGAAAUUUGUGGACUCACCUAAUGCAAGGAAAGUUGCUAGCACUUGUGGAACUCCCUUCCCAAGGUGCUGAGUGUUAAAUCUGAAGAGGGUUUCUCUGCCUGAUUAUGCAUCAUCUUCAUCUUCAUCUCCAAGUGUUCUGGCAAGAGACUAGAGAGUGAAAGAAAAAUAUAUCUAUAUAUUUGUGGUAUCAUCGUAUAUGGUGUGGUUUAACGUCUCUAUGUUUUCAUGUUAGUAAAAAAGUACUAGUCCUAAUGGAUAUGUGAUGCUUUGCUUUCAUGUCAUUCCAUUUCAGUUCCUUGGUGUGGUCUCAUCUUACGUAACGUUAGUUGUUGCAGAAGACUGUAUUUAUAAUUCAAAGAAUGAUCUCAUUAUGUUUCUUCUUAA